AUGCAAAAAAAUUCUGGAAUUACUUUGUAUAUAAACUUAAUGCAGCCCCAGGGGAUUUCCCUCAUCCUGUUAAAGCACAGGAAAUACAGCAGGAAGUCUGCAAGACUCUUCCAUUUUCUCAGAAUAUAA